AUGGAGUCUAUGGAAUCGCGGGGUCCCAGUGGCGUGCAAUUCCGCAAGCUAGAUCCGUCAAGAUCAGAGAUACGCCUCCUCCAGCUACAGCCAGCCGACGAUAUCGACCAAGCUCCCGUCGCUCGUCUUAUCAAUGUGGCCCUCACAGACAAGAUAGAGUACCUGGCGAUAUCCUGCUUACUAUCAGGAACCGAGACGGAAAAUAUCAUAAUCAACGACAACAAUAUUGCAGUGCCAGCCAGCCUAGGCCAGAUACUCAGACAUGUCCGCGCAGUUUUUCUCGAUCCUCCGGCCCAACCUGGUCGGCCAUGGUCCCCGACUCAGACGAAGAACAAGAGACCCAACUGGCUGAAGGAGGCUUUGAGGCAAGUCAAGUCAGUUUUCGGAGAUUCACAGGGGGGCCGGGAUGACGAGAAGACCCUCUAUGUCUGGUUUGACGCUCUUUGCAUUGAUCAUCGGAACCCACAAGAGGAGGCUCAGAAACUCACGCACAUGGGGAUGGUCUACCGCUCUGCCCAGAUGGUGGUUGGGUGGCUUGGGCCCAAGGGAGAGCUCACUGAUGUCUCUCUGGAAAUAUUACAGCACGUGGAAGCGGCAAUGCCGCCCAACUUCGGCGAGCCUGAGGAUAAGCGACUUCACCCUGAGAACUAUGCCCCGCAACACCAAUGGUUACAGAAGGUAGCUUAUCUCUGGUCUCAAGGGCUUGAGGGCCCUUACUACCCAGCACUUGUUGAUUUUACCGGGAGACCACUUUUUCACCGAACGUGGCUUAUCGAUGAAAUUGCCAUGGCCCGAUAUCCGAUAUUCCUGAUAGGCGACCGACUGGUUUCUUGGAAGCAGGUCAUCACUUUGAACCGCUUGCUAGAAGAGCUUACCAAUGAAUCGCUCGUCUUCCCGCCAGGCCUACGGUCUGUUGCACAGUCGUGGCCACUUGGCACUGUUUACACUAUGUUGAAGCAUUACGAAAAUAGGAUUCGGGACGAGGAGAAGAAUACCAGGUUGGGUGUGCUGAAGCAGGUCGAGAUGAAGAAACAAAAAGAGCAAGCCCGGGAAAUAUCAGGAGCAGGCGAGAUGGCGCAGACUGAAUUCAGGCGGAAAGGCUCCAUAGCGCCUUCGAUAACGUAUGAGCCGACGUCGUUUGAAGCCUCAAGGGAAACCAUUGGUCAGGCAUCUUCGAUUGACAACUCGAGGAGAAUAACGGGCCGGGCGUUGUGA